AUGGUCAACAGGGUCAAAACAGUGUCUGAUAUAUGUUCUGUUUUCUGGGCACAUCGUUCAUGUGAAGCUUCUUCUCUGUUGUCUGCAGCAAUGAAAGACUUUAAGGUGACAGUGAGGCGAUCGGAGGCUUCUGAGAGAUGCAGUCUGAAGGGAGUAGUACUUUUACGGACUGAUACUGAUAGCCUUCUUCUCAAAGACCCGAAGACAGGAGAGGUCCUGUACUCCUGGCCCUACCGUUUCCUCCGCAGGUUCGGACGAGACAAGGCAACAUUCUCCUUUGAGGCCGGGCGAAGAUGCGACUCCGGGGAAGGCAGCUUUGAGUUUGACACAAAGCAAGGCAACGCCAUCUUCCAAUCCGUAGAAGCUGCUAUCAAUCUACACAGAGUCAACAUACCAGCAAAGCAGAUGUCAAAUUCAGAUCGAGAUCUCAUGCCCUCUCCACCUCGAAUGAGAGCCCCGGUGGAGAACAUAGGUAUCUAUAGUAUGGUGAGUGACACAUCGAUCAGAGAUGGGGCCAAACCUCCACAAAACCCUCAACUCUCCAGACUGGACGCCCCAACAGAGAAGCUUCUCACCGGAGUCAAGAGUCUAAACUUGGACACCAGGCCACCGCCGCGAAAGAGUCAAGUCAAGAACUUCCGCAGCUGUCCCUUGGCCAACACCGAGGACGAGAUGUAUUCCCGGGCAAUGGCCCCAGAUCCGGAAAGAGGAAGUCCAAAGGAGAAGAGAGAACUGAAGGAUAGACGUUCCACGUGCUCCAACCCAGAGGAAUCGGACUAUUCGCUGCCCUUCGAUACCAUUGCCAAGAAUGUAAUGGUAGAUAUUUUUGCCACAACAAACUUUCCACCAAACGCAGGGGAAUCCAAUUGUGAAAAUAACAAGAAAGGCACUGCAGAGAACACUGAACCACUUUACGACAUCAUAGAUGAGUCUGCUAUUAGAAGCCGUUUCGCAAAUAAACAAACGCAUUCAUACAAAAGAGUUGAGCACAUCUAUGAUGAACCGGAGGGUUGUGGUGUUGCCCCAAAUGCACCUCCAUCACUCUAUGAUGAACCAGAGGAGGUUAAAGGUCAUGCUUGGAAGAUGCUGGGCACAGUAAUGGAUCCGAGUGGCCAUGAGUACCCGUAUAAUGCUUCUGUUGAUGACUACGCUGUUCCUAAACCUCCACGGAGGGCCUUGCUGGCAAAACAAAUGGAGGGUGAGGAAGAGGACUGCUCACCAUAUGAUAACAUCAUGGUAAAAGUAAUGCAAAAGAAUAACUAAAGACUGCUUCAGAAUCUUUUAUAAGAAAACCAUAGUGAUUUGGAAUGCUGUGAGGACAAUGAAGUGAAGUACAAGUGUGCAAAUGAAUGAGUAUAUUUAAACAAUUAACAUGCAGAUAGUGCUUUACUCUUCUCCAAAAAGCUGUGAUCUGCAACACCUAUCAUUUAUGGAGAAAAGAUUCAUUGCAACAUUGUCUAUGUUGCAGAUUCACUAAAUACUUUUUGCCUGCUGUGUUGUAAGAUAAAAAGCCUACAUCUUAUGCACAGCAAACUAGUUUAAACAAUGUGAUAAAAUUAAAUUAACAGUGCAUUAUA